GCGGCGGGGCGCGGGGACUUGUGGGAGCGGCGGCGGCGGCGGCGGUGGUCUCCAUCAUGGCGGCUUCCAUCUCGGGCUACACGUUCAGUUCCGUCUGCUACUACAGCGCCAACAGCAGCGCCGACCACGAAGGAUUUCUGCUAGGAGAGGUAAGACAAGAAGAAACAUUUAGCAUUAGUGACUCACAGAUCAGCAACACUGAAUUUCUACAAGUAAUUGAAAUCCAUAACCAUGAGCCUUGUUCAAAACUCUUUAGCUUUUAUGACUAUGCAGGCAAGGUUAAUGAGGAGAGUUUGGACAGGAUUCUUAAAGAUCGAAGAAAAAAUGUUAUCGGAUGGUACAGAUUUAGGAGAAACACUCAGCAGCAAAUGUCAUACAGAGAGCACAUCAUUCAUAAACAGCUGACACACAUUCUUGGAGUGCCUGACCUUGUGUUCCUUCUCUUCAGCUUCAUUUCCACUGCAAAUAACUCAACACAUGCUCUAGAAUAUGUGCUUUUUAGACCAAACCGAAGGUAUAAUCAAAGGGUGUCACUUACUAUUCCUAAUCUUGGCAACACUAGUCAACAGGAAUACAAAGUUUCUUCAGUGCCAAAUACUUCUCAGAAUUAUGCCAAAGUUAUUAAGGAACAUGGUACUGAUUUUUUUGACAAAGAUGGAGUGAUGAAGGACAUCAGGGCUAUAUAUCAGGUUUAUAACGCACUUCAGGAAAAAGUACAGGCAGUAUGUAUAGAUGUAGAAAAAAGUGAGCGUGUUGUUGAAUCUUUUCAAGCUGACGUAAACAAGUUAAAAAGGCAAAUCGCACAAAGAAAAAAUGAAAAAGAACAAGAAAUAAGACUGCAGCAAGCAAUUUUAAACAGGCAAAUGCCAACAGAUAACCUGGAACCUAUGUUUGUUCCACGAAUGUCCUACACUGGAUUUGCUGUGGAAGGCUGCACGCUUGAAGAUUCAGAUGUCUCUGAUCCUCCCCCUCCUUAUUCUGAUUUCAGUGCAACCAAUCAAGAAAGUACUGUUGGUCAUGGUCUCCUAGAAAGCAAUGUUUUCAUGCCUCGACCUCAAGCAGUAGGUUCUUCCAGUUAUGUUUCAACAAAUGCAGGAUUGAAAUAUUCUGGUAAUGGAGCAUCCAUGCCGUCUUCCCAAAGAGCAGUUGGUGACAAUGUUGAUGAAUCAGAAGACAGUGAUUAUGAAAAUUUGCUUGAACCUACAGAGUCAUCUGACAGUGAAUACUCACAGACAAGAGAUUCACGACCUUCAACACAUCCUGAUGGCGAUUCCAGGAACACUCAAACCUCUCAGAUUUGAUAGAAGGAGAAAAAAAAAAAGAACUGUUUUUUUCAUAAUUGUUACAGAAAGAUCUUGGGGAUUUAACCUGGAGGAAAUGAACUACACAGGAUUACUGUGCACACAAAACGUAGAAGACUUGCACUAGAUGGUUUAUUCACCUUGUGAUACAUUUUGCAAGUUUUAUAAUGGAAUCAUUAGGAUAAUCAAGUUGUACUAAUACUGAUGAGGUUCAUGGAUGUACUGGUAAAUUUAGGCAAAAUGAAAUUUAUAGCGAUCUUGUAGCUUUUGUUGCCGUAUCUUCUUUAAGACAAUAAAUUGGGAUGUAGUGACUAAGCACAGUUAGUGUACAAAUAAUGUUCUCAAAUCAAAACUUACCUCUUGCACUAUCAUGCCUUGAAUUUUAAUUUUUGAAAGGGAAAAUAUAUCAGCCGCCUUCAAAUAAGCUUUCUAUGGUAAGCCAAACUGGCCUUUGCAAGAAAAGGAAAUUUUGAUAAUUUUAAGAAGCCUGAUUGGAACAAAUGUGGUCUACCUUCUUCUAUCAGCAUGCUCUUUUAACAGAGAAGGGGUUGGUUUCAACUUUUUUACUAGCAGAAUGUGUGUAUCACUUAAAUGAUGGUUGCCUUUUUCUGUAAAGGGUGCGGGGGUGGGAUGACUGGUAAAUCAUCCAAACGAAUGUCACAAGGAUAAUUAUUUUGGUUUUGCUGGGUUUACAAUGACUUUAUGCCACACUAGCCUCAUUUAUUGUCUUUUUUAUAUAAAUAUGAAGUGCACAUAUAGGAGUAAAUGACAAAAGUAGUAAAUUCCAUCAUGAUUGGAUUUUGAAAUCUGCAAAUUACCAACAUCAGAGACUUGCUUCUUGCGUUUUAUUUGCAUCUGAAUAUUGGAUUUACACUUCAAUAUGAAUUAUUUUAUGUAAUAAAUAGGGGAUAGGGUAGGAGAAAAUUGCUCAGAGUCUCCCCUGGGUUUAUUACCUCUUUUGCUCUGGGUGAAAUGUGUAAAUGAUUAUUUCAAUUUGAAUUACAGCUCUCGUCAGAAAACUGCCAUUUUGGAUAAAUGAAGUGUGGUAUAUUUAGAGAAUUUCAUGUUUGGAUGCACUUAAUUUUAUUUAAUUACUGCUUGUAUACUAACAUUGCCCAAAAUAUGUGAAAUUGUGCCACUAAAAAGAUUGUAUUAUUGGACUUUAUCCCUGAACUGUAAAUGAAAAAAUACGCAGUUUAAGAUAACCUCAUCUUAAGCAUUUGUCUCUUUGAGGUGUGAAUAACCAUUUUUCUGGUUUAUACCUGGAAGAACAAAGCAGUUGCUUAAAAGUUUAAAUCUGUCAAAUUUACAACAGACUAAAAUUUCAGUAUGUAUUGUAUACAUAAGCAAAAAUCUGUUUAUUAGCCUCUCUUUACCUGUACUAAAUUAAACAAAAUGGCUUUGGAAAAAUGAGAUGUUAAAAAUGCCACUCUUCUGUCAAGUGUUUCAACCUUUAAACAUCUAGUGGUCUGUUUUAACUACUACAUUAUUCUCGUUAGCCUUAACCUGAUGCAUUUUGUCUUCGAGUGUUGCAGUCGGUUUAACAGAAAAUGUGUUCUGGUUUUAUCGUCGGCUCUCUGCAAGCGCCUGUAGCUCAGGUGUUAUAAACAAGUGUAUAUGUCAAAAUCUGAAUCGACAAGAUGGCAACUACACUUUUAUUUCGCACAGAAACCUGCAAAAUGUACAUCUCUGACAAAGCAGUUAAAUGUGACAAUAAAAUCUUAUUUAAUCCUGUAA